AUGAGCUCCUGGGUGUCCGCGGAACACUUCCUGCAGAGCAAAUCGGCCUCGUAUGUCCGACGCGGCCUUCUUCUCUUCAUCUUCUACGGCGUUGCUAGCGACUACUACCUGAUGCACUACUACCAGGCCUUCGACCCGGCCGAGGGGCGACGGUACGUGAUCGACUGGAGCCCCAUCGGGCGUCCACGGUGCCAGGUGCAUGUGGUGCCGAGCAACCACUACCCGAACUACACGCCGUGGACGCCGAGGAACGGCGACGUCGUGCUCGCGCGCAGCGUGCCGAAUGAACCAAACUGGCUGCAGCUCAUUAGUGGACGCUUCAUAGAGCAGCAAACCUGCGGGGUGCGUCUCGCGAUUCCGCUUGAAGAGGUGCAGGAGCAGGAAAGACAGCGGCAAAAAGAUGAGGCGGAGCUAAAAAAUAUAUAUAGCGACAGGAACAGUGCUGCGUGGUGUCAACUCUCCCGCGUUUCCCUCUCUCCCUCGCGGACUGCCUCCCCCCCCCCCACCCACCCACAUUCUCGGCCCCUUUUGGGCAAUUUCCAGCUGGGGAGGUGUAGCUCUUUUGUUAUUAUUAUUUUUGGAAGUGGGGGUGGGGCAUUAUUGCGACGAGUGCCCCGCUGCCCCCUGCGCAUCCUGCACGUACGCUCUCCGCUCACCCCGCUUCUUUCCCCCCCCCUUUCUCCUUGUCGUCGUGCUGUUGCAUUACCUCGUCCCUGA